CACCAUCAAACUCCCACCCACCUCCGAAGAUGUCUGCCUCCACCAUGCGCGCAUGGGUCUACACCCAGUCAGGCCUACCCUCACAGACCCUGAGACCAACGACCACCUUCCCCGCACCAACGCCCUCCUCCCUCGGUCCCACCGACCUCCUCAUCGAAGUCGACUACGUCUCGCUGAACGCGAUCUGCACGACGAUGAUGCGCGCCCUCCCCCCACAGCCCUUCUCCCUCGGCCUCCCCUUCCGACGCCGCAUCGCCGUCCCCGAAUUCGAGUUCAGCGGACGCAUCCUCGCCACAGGGUCGCAGGUGCCCGCCACCCGACCCGAACUGACCCCCACCGCCCGAGUCGCAGGCUGCGUCUCCGAGCAAAACGUCUUUGGAACAGGGAAAGGCGCGCUCGCCGAGCGGUUGAUCGCGCCAGCUAGCCAGGUCAUCGCGCUGACCAGUUGCCCCUUGCCCCUUCAGCCCUCACCCUCCGCUCAGUCACCAUCCCAACCCGAAACCCCACCUGCACCUGCACCGCAACCAGAACCGCUAUCACCAUUAGAAGCAUCCGGCCUAACAGCGUGCGGCUGCACCGCCAUGCAAACCCUAUCCCUCACCGGACUAAUAGCAGGGGACAAACUGCUCGUGAACGGGGGCAGCACGAGCGUAGGGAUGCUCACGAUCCAGAUCGCACGGCACAUUCUCGGCCCGACCGGCACGAUCGUCGCGACGUGCUCGUCGCGCAACGCGGCACUGGUCGGCUCGCUCGGCGUCGACGAGGUCAUCGACUACGUCGCGCACGACCCGCUGCACGAGCAUCUCCGCGCCCACCACUCCUCCUCCUCUUCCGCGGCCGCAAAAACCCGCCCCUUCGACGCGAUCAUCGACUGCGUCGGCGACGCCACGCUCUACCGCCACUGCGCGGCGUACCUGGCCGAAGGCAAACCCUUCAUCAAUCUGGGACAGAUGAACGCCGCGCCCGGGUUCUGGGGCCAGCUCGCGUGGGCGUGGGAGCAGGUGGCGUUGCGGUUUUGGCCGGUCGUGCUCGGGGGCGUGCCCCGGGGGUAUCGGUUCUAUAGUGGGCGGCCGCGGGCGGAGGAUAUGGGGCGGGUGCUGCGGUUGGUGGAGCGGGGGGUGGUGCGGGUGGUGGUGGAUUCGGUGUGGGGUUGGGGGGAGGUGCCCCAGGCGUAUGAGAGGAUGGAGAGUAAGCGGGCCAGGGGGAAGGUUGUUGUGAGGGUGCGGGGUGAGGAUGCGUGAUACUCGCUAGUGGUUUCCUGAAAGGUUUUGGAUGUUAGUCUGGAUGCCAUUCCAGAGAUGCGGUGGAUUGAGUGAUGGCGGAUCUGUGGGUGGAGGAGGGAUGUUUUCAACUACACAGCCAGUUGAACCCGACUCUUAUGCAAUCUUGGGUACACAUUCUCGGAGAAAACAGGACAAACACUUAUAUGUGUCAUAUUGCUGCACCCAUGCCGCUGUAUUCCGCAUAGAGC